AUGGCUCCCCUUCGUCUGCGUAUCGAAGGCCACAAGUUCCGUGACACCUACAAUCGAGAAAUCACCUUGCGAGGAAUCAACGUGGCAGGCGACGCGAAAUACCCGAAGAAUCCGGACGUUCCAUCUCAUGUUGCGGAUGACUUUUAUGACGGCGACAAUGUUUCCUUUGUUGGCCGACCAUUCGGUUCAGACGAAGCUUCAACACAUUUUGGCCGAUUACGCAAAUGGGGCUAUAAUACUAUCAGGUACAUCUUCACUUGGGAGGCGAUUGAGCAUUCAGGGCCGGGGAAGUACGACGAUGAGUGGAUUUCUCAUACAAUUGAAGUCUUGCGCAUCGCAAAGCAACACAAUUUUUACGUUUUUAUGGAUCCCCAUCAGGAUGUCUGGUCCCGAUUCUCUGGUGGCUCUGGUGCUCCUCUAUGGACACUAUAUGCUGCAGGCUUCAAUCCGAAGAAUUUCAACAAGACUCAAGCAGCUCUAAUUCACAAUACAUGGCCUGAUCCAUCUUCUUUCCCAAAAAUGAUUUGGAGUACGAAUUACACCCGCCUUAAAAUUCACGAUGCGGGAGAUCUAGAGAACGACGUUAUCAUUGGAUGGGAAUCUUUGAACGAACCAAAUCGAGGAUUGGUUGGAUAUCAGGACAUUAGUAUUAUACCCCCAGAACAACAGCUUCAACUUGGAACGUCUCCAACUGCAUUCCAAGCUAUGCUGACGGGAUCCGGCCGUCCCUCUGAGCAGAGCACAUGGGCUUUCGGAAGUUUCGGGCCUCAUCAAACCGGCCGAGAAUUGGUUGAUCCGGAGGGAGAGUCUGCGUGGUUGCCAACUGAUUAUGACGAUGGAAAAUAUGGCUGGAAACGAGACCCCGGGUGGAAACUUGGAGAGUGCAUAUGGGCACAGCACGGCGUUUGGGACCCCUCUUCAGACGAAUUACUGCAGAAGGAUUACUUCUCGAAAAUUCCAAAUACAGGAGAGGCCCUAAACUACGACGUCUUUACCAAUACCUACUUUAUGGAACACUACAGAGCUUAUAGGGAUGCUAUUCGAAGCGUUCAUUUGGAGAGUAUACUUCUGUGUCAACCCCCAGUUAUGGAAGUGCCACCACAGCUGAAGGGGACGCAAGACGAUGACCCCAAUAUGGUGCAUGCCGUGCAUUAUUAUGACGGAUUGACACUACUCACAAAGCAUUGGAAUCGAUUGUACAAUGUCGAUGUGAUAGGCGUUCUCCGCGGCAAGUACUGGACGCCGGCAUUUGCUGUUAAAGUUGGAGAAUCUGCAAUUCGAAACUGUUUACGCAACCAGCUCAAAUUUCUGCGUGAUGAGAGCUUCGAGUAUAUGGGUGAUCAUCCUCUGCUUUUUACGGAAAUUGGAAUUCCCUAUGACAUGGACGAAAAAAGUGCAUACAAGACGGGUGAUUAUAGUAGCCAAAUUAGCGCCAUGGAUGCGAAUCAUUUCGCUUUAGAAGGCAGUGGAUCGAAUGGUUUCACGUUGUGGCUGUAUAUGACAGAGAACAACCAUCAAUGGGGAGAUCAAUGGAACGGAGAGGACCUAUCUAUAUUUUCUAAAGAUGACCUCGAACUGCCGAACAUAGAGUCUUCUAUAAUAACCACCGGCUCAACAACGUCAUUGAAUCGAAACUCACCGUCAUUCUCUCGAAGCUUGAGCUCGACUAGUAACGGCAAAAUUACCCACCACAAUAUCAAGAAUGUCUUGGAGUCUCCAUCCAUCUCUCCCCAGUCAUCUCGAGUGCCUUCUGAGCCAGACAGCACACCUGGCUAUAGGGCUGCGGAGGCAUACAUCCGUCCUAGUGCUAUCUACACAACUGGAGACGUCCUCAAACAUGACUUUGAUCUCAAGAAUUGCACGUUUACGCUCUCACUUAAUACCGAUAACGCAACUAGCCAGGAUGCGCCCACCGAAAUCUACCUUCCCGAAUUUCACUUUCCUGCCUCGGAAACCGUGGUAGCGGUAAGCGGAGGUAAAUGGUGUAUUGAGUUCCAAGAAGAAGCGUCUAGCUCUGUCCAAAUCCUUAAAUGGUGGCAUGGUGAAGGGGAUCAAGGUAUCAAAAUCCAGGGGGUCAAACGCACAGCCGGUCAGGGUGCAGUCAGAUACGAGGACGAUUCAUAUCUGGAACAUUGCCAAAGGAACUGCACUAUCAUGUGA